CUCUUGUUUGGAGUUCUCGUGCCGCGGAACUGUUUGCAGUGACGUACCGGAAGCAGGGAGGGUGACAUUUGUAGCAGGCGUGUGUUAGCAUGAGAUUUCUUUUUUAAAACGCCAUGUCUUUAUAGUUUUCACAUUUCCCUUCUUGUUUUAAAUCUUUGUACCGAGAGCGUAAUGGCGGCGUGGGGCUGCAGGUUCAUUCUUCAACGUGGAAGCCGCUUUAUUCCUCCAAGAACAGUCCAGAGCUCCUCCCAGAUGGUUGGCUGCAUCAGAACUAUGAAGAACACAACAUGGUUUGAGGAGCACCUCACAGAGGACAACCAGAAGUACAUGAGACACAGCAUAGGCGAGGAGUACAGAAAACAGACGGCUGAAAAGCUCAGUCCUCUCAAAGACGAGCCGUGGCCUCGACACGAGUGGACAGAAGGGAGUAGAAGAGUCGGGUUAGUUGCUGUCAAACUUGGGAUGGUGCCCAUCUGGACCAAAACAGGAGAAAGACAUCCGGUCACCAUGUUACAGGUGCAGGACUGCCACGUCAUAAGGUGCAUGUCUAAAGAGGAAUAUGACGGCCGUUCUGCUGCUCUCGCUGUGGGUGGGAAAAAUGGAUCACCGUUUCAUAGGACGGAAAGUUCCAUGGAGAUGUUCAGGAAUGCAGGAGUGCCCCCCAAACAGAAAAUGACCAUCUUUAAAGUGUCUGACAAUGCCAUCAUUAAGCCAGGCACUCCUCUGUAUGCAGCACAUUUCCGUCCGGGCCAGUUUGUGGACGUCACAGCCAAAUCCAUCGGGAAAGGCUUUCAAGGUGUAAUGAAGCGGUGGGGAUUCAAAGGUCAGCCCGCCAGCCACGGUCAAACCAAAACCCAUCGCAGACCAGGAGCUUCUGGACCAGGGGGGGAUCCAGCCAAAGUUUUCAAAGGGAAGAAGAUGCCGGGACAAAUGGGGAAUGUGUUUGUCACAGCUUAUGGACUGAAGAUAUGGAGGGUCAAUACCAAGUAUAACGUGCUGUACGUCCACGGCUCCGUCCCCGGACACUCAAACUGUCUCCUGAAGGUUAGAGACACAGUCCUGCCAACCAGGAGGUCCACCAUUCUCAACCCUCCUUUUCCUACCUACUUCACCGAAGAGGAGGGCGACCUGGACGAAGACCUGUACGAUGACAACCUGUUUGUUCACACAGACCCAUCAGUAACUUUGACUUGAAUACAAACCCUUCAUCUAUCCGUGUGUGAAGUCUUGAAUAAAAUCCUCUCUGAGAUGCUCUUGAAA